UUAAUACUAGGUGUAGAAGACGAACAGUAAUGAUGAUCAUUUUCAUUAAAAGUAAUCUCUGUCCAUUAAUAGAUUCGUCAAUUAACAGAAAAUGAAUCAACAACAAUCAGGGCAUUUAUCGAUUAUAAAUGUGAAAGGAAAAAUUCCUGUAUUACAUAUGAAGACUUGCUGCUAUUCUCUGUAUCUGAUUACUUAAUUAUUUGUUCAAAAACGUACCUGAUUAUGAUAAUAAUUAUUAGUUCCAGCCCUUGUGCCAUUUUCUGGGCUGGCAGGUAUAUCAGGGUUAUGUAACUACAUAAUAAGGAUGCAUAAAACUGAUUAUAUGAUUUGACCUCUUCUGGUGAGGUAAGCCUCACACUUCCCAUUGUAAGUGCAAACUGCUUUGCAGUGCAUGCUUUCAGCUGUGUAACAACUUCUUGGAAGCAUCACAUUCUGGUGUGACAUGUGCAGGGGCAUGAAGUCAUAAAACACCUCAACAAGUGAGGACUAGGAUGGUAAGCAGCCAGCCGAAGUACGAGCUGAUCCAGGAGGUGGGGCGUGGCAGUUACGGCGUGGUCUAUGAGGCAGUAGUGAAGCGCACAGGGGCCCGGGUGGCGGUGAAGAAAAUCCGCUGCCACUCUCCAGAAAAUGUGGAGCUGGCCCUGCGGGAGUUCUGGGCCCUCAGCAGCAUCCAAAGCCAGCACCCAAACGUCAUCCACCUGGAGGAGUGCAUCCUGCAGCGGGACCAGCUGGCCCAGAGGAUGAACCACGGCUCCAGCUCCCCGCUCUACCUGGAGCUGGUGGAGACGUCUCUGAAAGGUGAGAUCACAUUCGACCCGUGCUGUGCCUACUACUUGUGGUUCGUCACGGACUUCUGCGACGGGGGCGACAUGAACGCCUACCUUCUGUCCCGCAAGCCCAGCCGCAAGACCAACACCAGCUUCAUGCUGCAGCUGGGCAGCGCCCUGGCCUUCCUGCACCGCAACCAGAUCAUACACCGUGACCUCAAACCGGACAACAUCCUCAUCUCGCAGGCCUGCACGCCGGCCGGUUCGACCGAGCCUACCCUCAAAGUGGCCGACUUCGGCCUGAGCAAGGUCUGCUCCACCUCCGGCCUGAACCCUGAAGAACCGGCCAGUGUCAACAAGUGCUUCCUGUCCACAGCUUGCGGAACAGACUUCUACAUGGCCCCGGAGGUCUGGGAGGGCCACUACACCGCCAAGGCGGAUAUCUUCGCCCUGGGGGUGAUUAUCUGGGCUAUGGUGGAGCGCAUCACCUUUGUGGAUGUGGAGACUCAGAAGGAGCUGCUGGGGAGCUACGUGCAGCAGGGCUCAGAGAUUGUACCCUUAGGUGAGGCCCUGCUAGAGAACCCAAAGAUGGAGCUGCUGAUCCCCGCCAGGAAAAAGAGCAUGAACAGCCACAUGAAGCAGCUGAUCAGGGAGAUGCUGUCAGCCAACCCUCAGGAAAGGCCCGACGCCUUUGAACUGGAGCUCAGGCUGGUCCGUAUCGCCUGCAGAGAGCUGGACUGGGACACGUGAUGGACAUGAACGGCACCACAGACUCAGCUGAUCAAGCACAUGUGCACAUCUCAUCAGCUACUGUUAACCUAGGUGGUCACAUAACAGGGGAUUAUUGUUUUUUUAACUAGGGAACAAUAAUUAGAAUAGUCAUUGUUUGUAUCAUGGCUUAAACUUCAUCCACUGUCCAAGCACAUACAGUCAUCUACUAGCUGUGUCUUUAUAUUGAAGGGGAGAGGUGCGACACCCACCGCUGCUGCUGCUCCGAAACUGCAGCUUAGUCUCAGGCUAAUCACAUCACAGCUUCCACUUCCUCCUUACAGAAUCACUCGAGCAUGAUGAAAGAGCAAAGUGACCCCAAAAGUCCUGGAUUCAAUUAAAAGUGAAAGUCGAAGUGACAGUCAGCACAGUUUAUCUACAAAUACCAUCUUGGACCCGGUGCUAAUUGUUACUAAAUGCAAUAUGAGACGUUAUCCUGUGAUCAUUACAGCGUACAUUAAUCCAAAGGGCCAGUCACCUCAAUGUGUGGAAUGUUUUUAAGCCACUUUUGGCUUCGACAGAACCUGACUUACAAACUGAUUUCUGGUACAUGAUCACCAGCUUUGAUAUAACAUCAAGAUUUGAUUCUGGCAUCAAAUGCAGACAUGCCCUGAAUGCUCAGGUAAUAAAAACAUACAGCAUGAUGGUAUUUGCAGACAAACGAUCUACUGACAAGGUCAGUUUUGCUCAGUAGUGUUGGAGGGAAAAAAUCCCAAACUUUGGUGCUUGAAGAUAACGUUUUUUUUUUUUUUUCUGAAGGCUGCUUCGUUGGUUGUGUGGGUGGGGGACAUUUUAUCAGUAAGUGUCCAGCCAGCAAGUCCUUGUGGUUGGUCUUUCCUCUUUCUGCCCAUUACUGACUUUACGAUAAAUUGACUGGUCCCAUACCAACCAGUAUGACAGAAUGUAUAACGAUCAAGACAGGUCAACCUUAAACACACAAACACUUCAUUUUAAUGACACAGCAUAAUGAGCAAGAGAGCCUAAAGGAUAAUUCUGGUUUAUGGUUUUGCAACUCGGGUCUUACUUUCAUGGAUUUGGUCAUAAUAACAUUGUACUCACCAAGUUGAUCGACCUUAGCUACUGUUGCUAUGCCUGUCAAGCUUUCCAGCAUGGCUUUAUGCAGGUUACAGUGACAAAUGGGGCAGAUUUACCUCUCGAGAUUUGUGGUAAUUUAUGAAACAGUUGACAGAAUUUUUGACCAUUUUUGACAUUUUGUGGACCCAACGAUUAAUUGAGAGAGGAAUCAAAAGAAAGGUGCAGUAAAUGAUAUUAUUUUUGGUGAAAUAAGUGUCAGUGUGGUGACGAAGGGAGGACGGAGGGGACUGCUGACAGGCAGGAAGUUAGCCAAAAUGAAGAUUUCACUCAUACCACCUUUAAAACACAAGCUGUUGUAUUGUGUACAUAAAAUGUAACUUAAACACAAAGGUUGAAUUUAUGGUUUACUGCAAGUACAAAUCAAACGAAUAGAACGGCACAGCCGUUAGUGUAACCUCAAACUCUGAUACUGGAGCGUGUGUGAGCGAUGCUACGCUGGCUGCCACAGUGAAUGUGCCUGAGCAGGGCCACAUGAAAAUGUAAUGUGCUAAUAGCAUUAAUUAGCUUAUAAAUGCUGAGAAACAUGGCAUCUGUCCAUGUAUUCUUAUCCCUGUGAAAAUGAAAAAGUUAUUAGAUGCUAACUGGCCUUAGAAAUAACAUAAUGCUUAGUUACUACUGUGUAGUAGGUGGAGGAGAAAACAGCAGUGUACAGCAACCGUUGUACACGUCCAGCUCAGUUUAUAGACUGAAUUCCUGGUUCAACUUUGAACUACCAAAAUUAGAUGUCCUCACUCAGUUGUUCUCUGCAAUGAGGGGUUAUUACCAAUAUGUCAGGUGCCCCCCCUUUCAGUUUCACCUCCAAAUAAAGUGCUUUAGAUCAUCUGGAUAAACCAUAUGGCUUGGUGUUUCUUGCCCCAUUUGACGUCACUGUGGCAAAGGAAAUAUUAUCCCAAACUGUGAAAAUAAAACCCAAGUUGUAACGAACCAGAGUUGUCCUUGAACAAGAAAAUUCAAACAACUGAGCACACUACAAUAAAGCAGGCAGGCCUACGUUCAAAAGACUUGUGGAGCGACUCCCCCACACAUGGCAAACAAAUCUUCUCUUGAGAGAAAUCCCCAUGUUGCCUAAAUGUAGAUUUAAUUAUCUGAAGGGUGAGCCGCGUGUUUUACAAGAGCGGUGACAUGAAUAUUCACAUCUGGGUCCAUUUAGACAAGAGACCUGAAUGAGUAAAAGGGGUGAGGGGAUUCAGUGAAUCUCACUGAAAGGCACUUUUAUUUUUCUGUUUAUAUUUAUUCCUCAUAAGGACCUACUGCAUUAUAUAGGGGAGCUCUGUGAGGCUGGAUUCAGUGCGAUAACUGCUUCGGUAUUUGUUUACCGGGCGAGCACAAUGUCAGCCAGCAGUCUACUUAUGCAUGCAGUGUCUCUCACCUUCAGGGAAGAAGCAAGAGAAGACACCAACACACGCAAUCCUCCAUGAGCCAGAGGAUCUCUGCUUUAAAAAAAAAAUAAAAAUACAUAAUACUGUUGUGUUUAACUUGAUCUCCUCUCACUGUGUCACUGCUGCUCCUUUCCUUUGGCUCUGGAUCUUACAGUAAUCCCCUUCUUCAUGCUUCCGACAGGCUAAUUCUAAGCCUAUUAAGUUGUUGCAGCACUUGGCAGAGGAUCAUGCUCGGGACCCCUUUUGCCUUUCAGGUCAUACAUAAUUUGUGCACUUUUACAGGAACCUAUAAAACCAAACAGUCCUGGCUUCUUCGCUGCUCUCAAAACUCUGGCGGAAAAUCUAAUUUCCUUUUGACUUGUUGCCAAUAUUUACCUGCUAUAUGGCCUUUAAUUCUUCCCUCAGCUCUAAUAGUUUUAUUUCCUGUCAAGAUGGGAUUAGGAUAGGGAGUAUUGAGAUUUGCCUAAUUUUGUUGAAAUUGGUUGAUUUUUCUUUUUGACACUAUUGUGGCUUCAGUGAUAUUGCACUCAAACACAAGAAUUGGCAGACGUGCUUGAGUUGCUCCACGGUUCACCGACUCGGUGUGGUGCUUUGGUAUGAAAAGCAAUCCCACCAAUCAGUAUUAAAAAACGGCUGUCUGUACUGCAGGACAUCGACGCUGCUUUGGACAAUGUUGCUUCGCUUCAAGAAUGUUGUAUUUGUGGCUUUUUGUUCACGAGCAUCAAAGUUUGGACUCAAAAGUAGGUCACCCAUAUCCUCAGAGCUCCAAGCAGAGCAGAGGAUGAUGGGUAGAGUCAUUUCCGGCCAGAUUUCUUCCUUCAGGCCUUCUAGACAUGAGAGGGGGGAGGAGGAAGACAUUUGGCUUCCUGUGAGGUUUGAGACGUUUGCCAAACAAAUGCUACGUCUGGGGUAUUAAGAGAUUUCACCCUUUGAUUUGUCGUAUUAAAUUCCUUUGCACAUGUGUAAAUACUGUAUAGGAUCAACAGGGGACGAACAAGGUUGAUGUACAUUUGACUGGAUGUGCUCUGUUUUCAAGAGCCAGAAUUGUUUGACAUGUAAAUUGCUGUGAUGGAUUCAACUUUACUUCAGCUCUUCAUUCAGCUUCAGUUCACUUCGAUCAUGGAAAAGAUGUGAUAUAUUUACAGGUCAAUACUGUCGGUGUGCUAGUGAUAAUUGUAUGUUUUUCAUUGGCCUGUUUGUGAUUUUGUGUAAGCAAAGCUGGUAUACAACGUGGGUCAAAUCCAGUCGUCUUUUCUGUCAGGUACCGGGCUAUUUGGAAGUGGAACAGUUCUUUGGAACUCUGGGACAUCAGUCAGACCUCGACUUUACCAGCCCUGAUCCAGGACCUUCAUACAGUGUACCACCGUACUGCUUUGCUAUCUCCCAGAACUCAGACAUUUGAGUUGAUGACAUUAAACAUUCUGUUGAUGACGCAUUCUUGAUGAAAAUGGUUCUGAAAACUGGUGGAAAUGUGGACUGGUUGGCUAGAUGGCACCCAGAAUCUUGAACAGAACCGGUUGAAGAACCACAGCUAAUUUUGCAGGAAAAUCACUGAGUGACUCGUAGAAAUUGUUAUAGGAAGAAUGUUUAAAAUAAGAACUCAUCAGAAAUAUUUUCAGCGACCAGAUGGACAAAAAGAACAUUAGGCAGGUUCAGAACAAAGAAUGCCACUGAUUGCUUCUUCUAACCUUGAUGGGCAGAAAUCUCUAAGUUCCAGGAGAUACUGAUGUAGGACUGUGAUACCUAAUAAGUCCUGGAUCAGGGUUACACUUAACAUAAAAAAAAUGUCCUGUGUCAGAUGAAGAACACACUGGGAAUCAUGUCAAAUAAAAGAUCCGCACUCGCAGCCAGGCAAACUUUUGCUCUCACACUUUUGUAUGAACAAUUUUUUGCUCUUAUGUCAUUUUGAAGAGAUUAAAUGAAGUUUAUCAAAAGUUGUGUGAACACCUGUCAAUCACUGUUGAAUUGAUGGUUUUUUAAUAAAAUGAAUUGAAAUAUUAA